ACCACCACCGCCGCCGUCCCCGGCGGCGCACCACCACCACCUCCCCCCCACUCCACAACCAACUACCUAACCAGCCUCGGCCUCGGCUACGCCAUCGCCAUCGCCCUCGGCUUCCUCGUCCUCCUCUCCACCGUUCUCCUCGUCUCCUACGUCUGCCUCCGCCAUCGCCGCCGCCAAAACCUUAACCCUAGCUCCACCACCACUACCACCACCACAACUUCUUCCGACAACGGCAUCAUCCUCCCCCGCAUAAUCUUCGUCGCUGAAGACGACAACGAAGACAACAAUAACGCCGUCGUAGGGCUCGAUCAAGCGGUCAUCAAUUCGUACCCUAGGUUUCCCUUCUCGAAGGAUCGAGGCGGUGGAAUCAACGAUUCGAUGUGUUCGAUCUGCUUGUGUGAGUAUAGAGAGGCUGAGAUGCUGAGAAUGUUGCCGGAUUGUCGGCAUUACUUUCACUUGACUUGCGUCGAUGCGUGGUUGAAGUUGAACGCUUCGUGUCCGGUUUGCCGGAACUCGCCGCUUCCGACGCCUCUCUCGACGCCGCUCUCGGAGGUCGUGCCGCUUUCGCAGUACUCCGAUGGUCGGAGGAGGUGACGGUGAUGAUGAUGAUGAUAUUGUUGUGAUUUUCAGGGGGUGUGAUAAUUUUGUUGGUCUUGACUUUGGUGUGUUUGGUUGCCAGGAAAAUGUAGAUUUUUGGACAGUUAGGAAUGGUGGAAUCUUUUUGAGUUUUUUUUUUGAUUUUUUUUUGGGGGGGUUGAAUUUUGGUUUACUUGUAAAGCAAAAAGCACAUUAUCAUUCUUGAGCUGUUUGAAUUUUGGUUUAC